AUGAUUAAGGCAAAGAGUACGUCCAACAGCCAUGGUAAUGCAUCUAGCAGGAAGAGUUUCUGGACUAGUGACAACAGUGGUGGGGCACCUUGGUCAGAUCUUAACCAUGGUUUGCUUUUUUUAGUAUUGAUGCAACUCGGAGCCUUUGAUUUUCUUUCAUUUAGUGGAGUUUGCAAGUCAUGGAGGUCAGUUGCACUCUCUAAAAAAACCAGAUUUAUGGCAUCCAGACCACCCAUGGCAAUAUGGAUCACUAAACAUGGUAAUAAGAAAGAGUACUGUGUAGAGGACUUUGAAGGAAGAAAUUCCAUAAUUCUCCUUCCCAAAUCUGAUCGUAGGACCUGUGUUGGAUUAACUUGUGGUUACUUGGUCUUGUUUGGGAGGAGAAGCCAUGACUUUUGGCUUGUGAAUCAUAUCACAAGGCAUGGACUUCAUUUUCCUAAUGCCCCCUAUUCAGUCUCUCCUAAUCAAGAAGGAGUCAGGGCUAUUCUACGGGUGAAGGAGAAUGGAAUUGUGUUUACUCUAAGUAUCCCAUCCGUGAUUUUACAUGAAUUCAAGGGGAAGAUAUAUGCCAUAGACGCUGAUUCUUUUGUACAUGAAAUAGGACUUGAUCCAGAGCCUAAACUGAUCUUACUCAAAGCCAAUAAUUUUCUGGGAUAUCGCUUGGAGUUUAUGGAGUUUGUAUGCACGGAUGAAAACCUUUAUGCUAUGGAAUGCUUUCCUGACAAUAAGUUCAAGGUUCACGAACUAGAUUUUGGGGAAAUGAAAUGGGUGUCUCCAAAAAAAGAGACAAUGGAAGAAUAUGCCUUUUUUGUUAGUGGCUUGAAGCAUAGUGCUGCUAUCAAACGAGAGUUGUUGUCUGACUCGUGGUUGCGUUACAAGAGAAAUGCUUACAGUGAUACAAGUGGAAAUGGCAUGUUCUUUACUGCAGACACAUGGUACAUCCCAAAUGAAUGGUUGAAAGUUAAAUCUCAUAUAUGA